GCCUUUCCCACUUUCCCCCGCCUCGGCGUAUAUAUUUCAAGAAAGGAGCCGUUGGAAGAAGAACAAAGGUCAUUUUUUCAGUUAUCCGAUUUCCUUCCCCGAUUUCCCAUUACUCUAAACUCUCAAGACAGCAACCCGAGUUCUCAGAGUCUGUGAAGCAGUUCCAGAAAGAUCAAUCGCGCUCGUGUCCGAUUAUUGGAAAAUUACCCUAGGUCUCAGAGUUGCGAAGCAAGUUUAGGAAAGGGUGAUCAAUCUCUGUGACUGUAAGUAUCUUUCUCGUGAGAACCCUCUGUGUUUCUCGUUGAUUUUAGGGGUUCAAGUUUUGGGUUCCUCUGAUUCUAGGGAUUCAAGUGUUGGGCUUUUCUGAUUUUAGGGUUUCGAAUUCUGGGUUCUUCUAAUUUUAGGGAUUUAAGUUUUUGGUUCUGAUUUUAUAGAUUGUUGAGGGUUCCAUUUCUGGGUUCUUCUGAUUUUAGGGAUUUAGCAUAGAUCGUGCCCACUUCGAAUCCUUUUAGAGAAUUUUGAUCCAUACGUGUGGAACUACAAUUAACGACGUUCCAUCACUGAUUUUUCUGGGUAAUUAGAAGUUUAGAACCACCCUUCGGAAUCUUACGACAAUGGCGACAAGAGUUGGCGGAGGUGUUGCUCCGGUUCGAACUGUUGACUACAAAGAUGUCUCCAAGACAUCCAAGAAAGGAGGAGGGUUAGGUGGGAGGACACCGCUGGGUGAUUUGUCAAACGCAUUGAAGAACUCUUCUUCUCUGAACAACACAUCCAAGAAGCAGCAGCAGACUCGUUCAGGAAUUGCAGGAUUGAAUGGAAAAAAGAAAUCUGCUGUUCUCGCUGGAGGAGCCAAUGCUGCAAGCGGGAAAACGAGUGUUAAAGCUUCUGGGAAUAGGAAGGUCCUUUCUGAUAUCUCAAACUCGUCCAACGUGCCAAAGGGAAGUGAUAUAUCGCAGAAGAAGGCGGUGAAGAACAGCAAGAGGCUGAGUGUUGUGCAGGAGGAAGACCCAAUGCAUCCAUGUGCAAUUGGUGAGGAAGGGUUUCUGCACAAUCAUGACGAAUGCAUCAAGGCCCAGAACAGACAGAUGGAUUUGGAUGAGUUCUUGAAGAUCCUUGGUUUAGACAAAGAUUGUUCUGAGCACUUCGAGAACCAGCGUUCAAACCAUGUAGAGCCUGGCAGUCCUAAGCGGCACUACGAGCUAAUGGAAGAAGAGGAAAGUUGGGACUUUGAGUUUCCAACAACGCGCAAUCUUCAUUCUCCCCCCUGUUCCAGUCCAUCAUCGCCCAAAUCCGAUUCAAGCUGGUUGGAUAAUGACCACGGCUUCGUCAACUUCCAGCUGAUCGCUUCUCCUUAACUGCUGUUGAUCAAACUGGAGCAUUGGAAAUCUACCCUUCCUGAAGCACUAGAUGUGAAUUUUGUUGUUGAAACUUAUUGAAUGUUGCCAAUUUUGUUUGGCAUCUCUCUAGGUUCUCUUUGAUCAAUGUCCUUUGACUUUUGUUAAUUGAUCAAAUCGUGCUUAGCUGCUGACCUAAAGCACUUGACUGUAGCCUGUGGCCAGUAAAUAGUAAUGUAGACGGCUUCUUCUUCCUUCUUAUGUCAGUAGUGGAUUUGCUAGAGCUUCUCAUUUUUGGGCCUGAAGGUCCAUUUGGAACGCUUAUUAUGGAUU